AACUUGGGUCGAUCCUAUAUAUACUGUUGGCAAAAUAUUUUUUAAAAACAACAGUAGUAUAGUAUUUCAUUUAUUAUUAUUUAAUAUCACUUAAAAAUGUUGAAGUUAUCGUUGGUUGUUUUAAUGGUAGUUUGCGGUGCCAUUUCUGCUCCUGCAGCAGAGGAACCGGUACAAAUUGUUAAUCAAGAAAAUGAUAUUCAGCCGGAUGGUAGUUUUAAAUGGUCUUUUGAGACUGCCGAUGGGGUUAAGCAGGAGCAAAGUGGUCAGCCUAAACAAAUCGAGAGCGAAACUGCGAUCGUCAUCCAGGGGUCAGCUUCCUGGACGGAUAAGGAGGGUACCCCCCACCAACUGACUUACGUUGCUGACGAAAACGGUUAUCAGCCACAAAGUCCCGAUAUACCUCAAGCUCCUGAAAUUCCCGCUGCCAUUGCUAAAGCAUUAGAAUAUAACGCUGCUCAUCCUGAACAAGAUGAAGAAAAAGCAUCUGCAAAGACAAAUUAAAAUUCUCUAAAUUAUAAUAUUAUUGCUCCUAUAUUUUUAUAUUAUUUACCUAUUUGUAUACAUGUGAUAUGGAACUAACAAUAAAAUUACAGGUUUAUGUAAAUAAAUUAUCUGUUUUUCUAUC